AUGAAAUUCGAUGCAGCUGGGCAGUGCACGCUCCUCCUGACCCUGAUGGCCACAGUGCUGACCAGAACCCAGGCCGUUCCUGUGCCCAGGUCUCCCAGGGGCUCGCUGGAUAAAAAGGACUGUCACAUUGACCAGUUCAAGUCCAUAGCCCCACAAGAGCUGCAGGCCUUCAAGAUGGCCAAGGACACCAUUGAAGAGUGGCUGCUUCAGAGGGAUGUCAGGUGCAGCUCCCGCCUCUUCCCCAGAGCCUGGGACCUGCAGCAGCUGCAGGUGCAGGAGCGCUCAGUGGCCUUGCAGGCCGAGCUGGCCCUGACGCUGAAGGUCCUGGAGAACGUGUCUGACUCGGCCCUGGGGGAUGUCCUGGACCAGCCCCUUCACAUACUGCGUCACAUCCACUCCCAGCUGCUGGCCUGCGUCCCUGGUCAGCACACAGCAAGCUCCAGGCCCCGCAGCCGCCGCCUCUCCAGAUGGCUGCACAGGCUCCAGGAAGCCCCGAAGAAGGAGACCCCUGGCUGUCUGGAGGAGGCUGUCACCUUGAACCUCUUCCGCCUGCUCAUCUGGGACCUGAAAUGUGUAGCUAGCGGAGACCAGUGUGUCUGA